AUGCAUGUGGUGUUUGCAAGAAGGGCGUGGCCGUCAGCACUUUUCGUGGCGCUGCUGUUGACGGCGGUGUGGGCUGCCUGCCCUGCGGCGGCUGAGGAUCCUCCCUCGCAGUCGUGGACAAUAUACAACUUUUUCAAAAGCCGCCUCUGCAUAGGGUGUUCGCAGGGGCAAACAGAUGGCCCAAGCGACGUCGGGAUCCUUUCAACUGCUGCCGGUGGCUUCCUCGGCCCGGGUUCUCACUCGCUGCUGCUCUGCGAUGUCGGCGGCGGUGGCUCUACCGUGCGUCUUGUGAACAGAUCCGGCAUCUACACCAUUGCCGGUGAUCGCGCGAAACGUGGCAAGAAAGACGGACCCGCCGCGGAGGCGCUCUUCAACAUGCCCAGUAGCGUGGUGUACGAGGGCGGCGCAUUGUACGUCGCCGACAGCAGCAACGACGCCAUUCGACGAGUUGCGGAGGGCAAUGUGGACAACUUUAUCUCAGCAGGGCUGCACAGUCCGUCUUACAUCCUCCCCUACCGACGUUCAGAGAGCACCCACGACUUGUUUGUCUCCGACACCGGCAACUCGCGCAUCAUUUUUGCCCCGCUGCUGGAGUCCACCUUCAUUACGAGGUUUGUCGCCGGCUUUCAGCCAGGUGUCCUGCAGAUCAGUGAGUCAAAGCAGCUUAUGUUUGCCAUUGCCAGCAGCACCAGAAUCAAGGCGAUUCAAAUGGAUGACGUCAACGCCUCCGCAAGCACCUGGUACAUUGGCGACGUCAACUGCGUGGGUUACCUCAGCGCCCUCAUGCUCACGGCGGACGAAACUGAACUGUACUACUACGGCAAUCGAGAUGGAAAGAAAUACAUCUUCUCGAUCUCCACCACGGCGGAGAAGGAAAAAGCACCUACGCUUUGUCCACAGGUGGUGAUGGAGUGGACAGAGGACAACGUUCAAUCGCUCGUGCGUGUGAACCAGCAUGAGUUUUACGUCGUUACCACCUCCAACGUUUACCGUGUGCGGGACACCUCGUUUACGCCGACGCCGACGCCGAUUGUGACGCCGACACCGACGCCGAUUGUGACGCCAACGAUACCGAUCACCCCCACGGUGCCGCCCAUCCCCACCCCAACGAUCACAUUGACACCGACCCCAACCAUCACCAUUUCUCAAUACCGUGGCAACACCGUGACCGCCUUUCCUGCCGUAAGUCUUCCACUUGCCAACAAAAAACUCAUGGCCGAGCUUCACGCAUGGAUGAUGAAGGAUGUGGGAAUUGCGUUUAAUUCCACCGAUUUUAUUGCCGUAUUUCCGCCCAAAGGAAAAUUUGACGUUCCCGGCAACGUGAACGUCUCCACCUGGACAAACCUGACGACGCAGCUUAACUUCGACGGCACCAUCGCAAUCAUGGAGUACUACACGCCGUACGGUAUGUCGUCUGAGGAGGGGGAGCAGAGACUCUUUGCGUCACCGUGGUACUGGACGAUAAAAUUCCUUAAUUCCAUAAAACAGGAGGUACCGGGGAUACACGUAGAGGAGUUUUGUAUGCUCAACUGCGUUGAGCAGUGCGAGACGAUAACCUUUGACAGGACGCAGUGUGUAGGCUACGUGAAACCCACGGGGUGCAAUGACGUCUGUGUGGGGGCGGCGGUGUCGUCCGCGGUGCUCGGCACCACCGGCGUUGUGCUGCUUGCCCUGAUGAUUGGAAGCCCUGCGAACGCGCUGAGCGCCGUGCUGCUUGUGCCACCCGUAUAG